CUCUGGCCGCCCGUGUCGCGCCGCCGCCGAGGACCUGCGCGGCCGUCUCUGCCGCGGGCGCGGGCGCGGAAAAUGGCUCCAGUGGUCAAAUGAAGCUGGAAAAAUAUAUAGAUGCAGCACUGCGGCCUUUCCAGAUGUUUGAGUGUGAUACUCCAGUGAGAAAUUGAUCCCUUGGAUUAGGUAACUAGUCAUAAUGAAGAAAAUUAGUCUUAAAACCUUCCGGAAGUCUUUUAAUUUGAAUAAAAGUAAAGAAGACACUGAUUUCAUGGUAGUACAACAGCCAUCCCUAGCCAGUGACUUUGGAAAAGAUGAUUCCUUGUUUGGUAGCUGCUACGGUAAAGAUAUGGCCAGCUGUGAUAUCAAUAGCGAAGAUGAGAAAGGUGGGAAAAGCAGAUCCAAGAGCGAGAGCCUGAUGGGGACCCUGAAGAGGCGACUUUCUGUGAAGCAGAAGCCCAAGGGCAAGGGCAGCACGCCCUCGGGGGGCUUGGCUGAGGAGGACACCUUCUCCUCCUCCUCGGCUCCUGUGGUCUUCAAGGACRUCAGAGCUCAGAGGCCCAUCAGGUCCACUUCCCUCCGCAGUCACCACUACAGCCCCACGCCCUGGCCCCUCCGGCCCACGAACUCUGAGGAGACCUGUAUCAAAAUGGAGGUGAGGGUCAAAGCUUUGGUCCACUCUUCCAGUCCAAGUCCUGCGCUGAACGGGGUUCGCAAGGAUUUCCAUGACCUUCAGGCUGAAACUGUGUGCCAGGAGCAGAAUGGUUCCCUCAAGCGUUCAGAUUCUCCCCACGGAGACUUGCAUCUCCACCUGGAGGAACAUGUGCCUGUAGUUAUUGGACUUGUGCCUCAGGACUACAUUCAGUACACCGUGCCUUUAGACGAGGGGAUGUGUCCUUUGGAAGGAUCGCGCAGCUAUUGUCUGGACACUUCUUCGCCCAUGGAGGUCUCUGCGGUUCCUCCUCAAGUGGGAGGGAGCUCUUUUGCCGAAGAUGAGAAUCAGGUAGACCAGGACCUAGUUGUUGCCCCAGAGAUCUUUGUGGACCAGUCAGUGAAUGGCUUGUUGAUUGGCACCACAGGAGUCAUGUUGCAGAGCCCCAGAGCAAGUCAUGAUGAGGUCCCUCCGCUCUCGCCAUUGCUACCUCCAAUGCAGGCUAAUCAGAUCCAAAGGAACUUCAGUGGGCUCACGGGCACAGAUGCCCAUGUGGCUGAAAGUAUGCGCUGUCAUUUGAAUUUUGAUCCUAACUCUGCCCCUGGGGUGGCAAGGGUUUAUGACUCUGUGCAAAGUAGUGGUCCCAUGGUUGUGACAAGCCUUACGGAGGAGCUGAAGAAACUUGCAAAACAAGGAUGGUACUGGGGACCAAUCACACGCUGGGAGGCAGAAGGGAAGCUAGCCAACGUGCCCGAUGGUUCUUUUCUUGUUCGGGAUAGUUCUGACGACCGUUACCUUCUAAGCUUGAGCUUUCGUUCCCAUGGUAAAACACUUCACACUAGAAUCGAGCACUCGAAUGGUAGGUUUAGCUUUUAUGAACAACCAGAUGUGGAAGGACAUACGUCCAUAGUUGAUCUAAUCGAGCAUUCAAUCAGGGACUCUGAAAAUGGAGCUUUUUGUUAUUCAAGGUCUCGGUUGCCUGGAUCUGCAACCUACCCCGUCAGACUGACCAAUCCAGUGUCACGGUUCAUGCAGGUGCGUUCUCUGCAGUACCUCUGUCGUUUCGUUAUACGUCAGUAUACCAGGAUAGACCUGAUUCAGAAACUGCCUUUGCCAAACAAAAUGAAGGAUUAUUUACAGGAGAAGCACUACUGAAAGAUUGAGAACCCUGCAUCUUGCACUUUGGGAAUAAGAAAAAGAGAUUGAGAUACAGUUUACAACUUUCAUUGCCAUCAGAAUCUUUUGCUGCCAUAACUAUUUUAAUUUUAUGUGUAAGAGUCAACAGUUUGUUGAGGGGUGGGGAAGUGUCUGCAAGGUGUCUUGGGUUUAUUUUGGUUCUUUAAAAAGGGAUGUCUUGAGGUUCUAGAAGUGUGAAUUAUCUUUCAUUAGUGUGCAGAAUAAUCACAAUGUGAAUUAUCAGAUUCUCCUUGAUGCCCCCCCCCCGUCCUUUGCUGCUAUCCACUGUGAUUUUUAUGCAUUAAAAGCACAUUUCAUGUGUCUUCAACCCUAAGUAAAGUUGAAUGAAACUUACAGAAUGAAAAUUACUUUGUCUUUUUAAAUGACCCAUUUUCAAAAGUUAGUGUUGAAUGAACGUGUGAUAAAACUAUUUACAUAUACACUGAAAAUGACUUUUUAAUGUCAUACUUCAAAAAGAUUUAUUUAGAAUUAUUAAUUGACAUCAUCUUAGUUAAUGGGAUGCAAAUUUGCCACAUAUCUUUUCAACUUCUAAAUUAUUUUUAAGGUUGUGCUAAUAUUUUGGUUGUGAAAACUUUGUGUUUUUCUGUUGCCUUCAUUUUCAUCUUGUGGUUUGUCCAUUUUAAUAAAUGGCCUUACAUUUAAGAGUCAUAAAGAGAUAUAUACCACAAAUUUAGCAAUCGUGGCCUUUUCUGUCAUUAAACCCGGGUACAAAUUGGCAUAAUGKAAAGACCUAUAGACUGGAACAGUGACUACAGAAGUGAGAUCAGUUCCCGUGAGAGCGUUGUUUUCAUGUUGCCUGCACUGUUCCUUUGGUUAAAUGUUUAAUCUGUGAUUUCUUUAGUUUAGUCAACACAUUCUUGGGUGAACUUGAUUGUACAACUAAUUUUCAUUAAUGGACUGGAUUCUCUUAACAAUGUUAAAGUUUAUAAAAAGUUUGAAAUUGAUUUGAAUAGAAAGAAAAGAUUGCUUUAAAGUUGGAUUUAUAUUUUUCUUUUAUGUAGUCACAAUAAAAUGUGCUAGAUUUGACUUCUCUUUUCCCCUGCCUCCAAUAAAAUCAACCCUUAGUGACUUGAGUUGAAAAAUUUUGGAAAUUGUGGAGCAUCACAUGAGAAAAGAUGAAAACAGUACUAUAGAUACACAGAUGCCUGCCUCCUUGCAGGAUCCACUGCAGUUUCGGAAUAGGCUUUUCAUUUAUUUGUUAUUUUCAUUGAACCAAGUCUAGAGUAAUUUGGCCUCCCGUUUUUUUCUCUUUUUGAGUAAGUCAAUGGGAAGGGAUAUUAUGCCUGAGAAUUUUUAGUUAUUUUGGAAUGUGGAGUGUUUGUUCACUUUGUAAUUCUGCAACAUAGUCUAAUUUUCAGAUUGUUCCAUUCAGAAACCAUUCCCAGCUAAACAAGCCUUAAAGCAAAAUGCUGGACAUUUCUUCCUGUGUCACUUUAAGUUUUCCCAUGUCUUCCCUUCUUUAAAACACAAGGGUAAAGGUCUUUGGUCUAUGGCUGGCAUUGUCAUCUAACAUCUCUGUAUCCUCACUUUUUAAUUAGUUUUUGUUUUUUUGUGGGGGGCGGGGGUGGAGGUGCUGGGGUUCAUGCUAGGCACAUGUUUUAUCACUGAGCUACAUCCCCAGCCUCUCUGGUUUUUUUUUUAAGAGACAGAACUGAGAUAUUACAAAGGAAAGGCACAAUGCCAUAUCACAGUGUUUGGUAUUUUGACUUAAAUGGGGAAAGGUACUUCAUUUUGGUGGGACAUUGAUUGUACCUUGUUACAAAGACUCCUUUCAUUUUUUGAUGUUUUCACCUAAUAAGAUGGAAUAUGGUGUAUUCUAUAAUAAUAUAAUUUAAGUGUUCACUAUAAGCUAUUUGGAUUAAGAACUAUUACAGAGUUGUAACCUUGUGAUCAGAUUGAUGCAAGACAUUUAACUAUUUUUGCAAAACUAUUUAUUUUUAAACAAUUUGAAAUAUAUCUAGAAGUCCUUGUGCAUCCAUGUUAGAUGGCAGGUAUUGUCACAGUCACUUGUGCUGAUGGUAAGUGUUGAGAUGGCUUCUUUGUGUCUGUCUGUCCUCGGUGAGCUGGCGGUACAGAGGCCUUGGGACCUCACCUAACCAAUCUCUGUGGAUGUAGCCUGUCCCUGCAUUUUCUCAUAAUGCCAUGUGCUUAAAAUAUGCCCAUGUGGUGUCAGGAUUAUUUUGACCUUUAUCCAAAUGUUUUUUAAAUUGUAUUUUGUGGUUUUUUGGAGGGCAAGUCAAUACUGU